AUGGCGUCCGACACCUCCAGCCAGCCGUCCAAACCGCCCAUGACCUCCCCCGAACUCGUCGCCUUCGUCAAGAAAGAGCUGGACGCCGAUGAGGAGCGCCAGGCCAAGGUUGCGUCCGCCGGCGCCGGCGAGGUCCCACGCGAGUCGCAGACCGGUUCGACGCUGGAUCUGAGCCACAAGAACAUCAGUAGCCUGCCCGUGGAGGUCAUAAUAUUAAUCAAGGACAAGGUCGAGAGGCUCGCUGUAUCGCACAACCCGCGCAUCUCUUUGCCCGUCGAAAUCUACCAAUGUGACCGCCUACGGUAUCUCAAUCUACGAUGGAACAAGUUGAGGCAGUUUCCGGACGCGGUGCUUUCGCUGCCCAAGCUGGAGAUUCUGGACAUCAGCAAAAAUGCCAUUGAGGCUAUACCGGAGGACAUAAAGCGCAUGAUCAAUCUCAAGUUCUUGGCCGUUGCGCGCAACCAGAUCAAGCGUUUGCCUCUUGCGCUGGGCGAGAUGAAUCUGGUCAAGCUUAAAUUCGACGAGAACCCGAUCGAAUUCCCUCCGCUGGAUGCUCUCAAGCCGAAUGCUGACCGUGCUGCUUCGAUGAUCGAGUCGGAGAAGGACAAAGACAUGUGCCAGCAGGUUAAACGCUUCAUGCGAGCUGCAGCAGUGAGGCAGAAGAUGCGCACUACUUCGGAGGAGGACAUGAGCGAAACCAAUGCCGAGACUCCUCGCCCACCAAGGCGUGGCGUUACCGGUGGUCGAUUUCCUGUACGGCCAAGCGUCAGCGGCAUUGAUAACUUGCCAAAUCCCAUCGGAGACUCGCCGCCAAAUAUACCACCGCCCAUUCCACAACGAUCCCAUGCUCGUGGCAUAUCGUCCAACGUUGCACCGUCCAUGGCUAAGCGCCCGCCCCUCUCGACCAUCGUCACGGGUGGGCUGGACAGCAGCAGGAGCAGAAGCGAGACAGUGGCUACCUCUGCAAACAUUCGCAACCGUCGCCAAGGCUACGUUCCACGCAAGAACGCGAACAUGAUGUCGCUGAGUGAGAUGUCAACGCAUAUGUCUGCCAGCCCGGCACCCUCCGCACCACCACCGACUGCUGCUCUAACGCCACCACAUUCUAGGGCCCCAAGCUCAGCUUCUAGCUACAGAGAUUACCUUGCUCCUGGAAGCGGUGGUGACUCCGGUGCACCAAGUCCGGUUGAUGGUCCUGUUAGCCGAGCAAACCUCUCUCGCAGACUGGCUAGCCUCCCCGAGAGUCGCAACUCGAGCCUGCCGACCAUCAACUCUAUUCGCGCGGUCAAGCGAGUAUUAUACAUGCUCUUCCAUCUUUACAGGCCCGUCGCGGACAUCACAUUACUGCUCAAAAGUGGAUCACCCAUCCGCAACCGUCGUGAAAUCCAGCUCUUCAACGCCAACUCUACAGUCGAAGACCUGGACAGGCUCAUUGUGGCUGCCAACAGCACCAUGGAGCGUAAUACCGAGAUUGACGCCACUUUGCUUGCUGAUAUUAUCCGUACCGGCAUCAAGGCCUUGCGGAAGUACAUCUCCCUUGUGAAAGAUCUCUGCCGGGAGCGACAGCACACGAUCAGACAGGUCGAUGCCUUCCAUGUGCGUUUGGUACUGAACGCAGCUCAUGGCACGAUCAUCGAGGCUCGCAACGUCUGCCAUCUUCUAGGCUUCAGGACCAAGGCUUUGUCGUCCAGAGAUACACUGCGAGUGUCGACUGCUGGCAGCAGUCGCACGGUGACGCCGACUCAACCCAGAUCCACUAGCACUCGCAGACGAGGCGCUACCAUUCUACAACCUGGCGGAAGCGUCACCAACCUCCGCGGGAUGGCACCUCCCGUACCAUUGCACAUCGGCAGUCGAAGCAAUACCAUGACUUCCAUGAGCGCCGGAGUAAUACCUCGCUCGAACGACUCCUUCAUCAAUCUGGCUUUACACAGCAAUGUACCGUCUCGCAGUAACACCAUGCGGAGUGUGACGACAGAAAGCGAUCAUGAGGAUGGCGGCGAGAAGUUGUAUCUCAAGAUGAAGCAGUGUUGCGACCUUGCUUCGCAACUGCUUCCCCCAGUGCAUUUGGACCUCGUAUCGAGAAAGCAGUUCGCCGACCGUACCGACGCCGCUUCGCCAUCUCAGUAUUACAAGUCAGCGAUCGAAAAGUGUGACUCCGUCAUUACGAACAACAACAACCUUCUGUCUCGCCUCAGAGCGAUGAAAGUCGGCGAUUCUGCCAGGCAUCAGAGAGAGCUCGCCCAGAUGAUCGAGAGCUUUGGAAGGGACUGGACCAACUUCGUCUCGGAGAUUGUAGAACUCACAAACAAAGACCUCCCUGUCGGUCACAUUCGGAAGACGCUGAAGCCUCUCCAACAUGCGGUCAAGGAAGCGAACCGAGCGGCUCUCUUGCCGGCGCAGACUUCAUCAGCAAGGCCACCACCAUCUGCUUCCAUCCAUGGUGGUUUCCCCACAGCGCUGAACACAACCAUGACGCAGACGAACAGUCAUGUGCCACCAGUACCCGCGACGCCUCUUGGCGCUGCUCUUGGCCCGGCCGUUCAGGCGACUGUGCCACCGACGCCAACCACUGCCAUCAGCUCGCCUGAGUACUAUUUUCCCGACCAGCCGCGCACUCGACCGGCGCCUGAGCGAAGCCAGACUACGCUUCCACUUCCGAGCUAUCCACGGCGUGACCGUUAA